GCACAAAAUCGCUCUGGUUGCCAAGGCCAACAACAACUCCUCGCUCCUCCCGAGACUGACAAGUACCACUCUCAUUCCUCCUCACUUGACUUCCUACUUCAAGACAGCCGUUCGAUCCCCCGCUACAACCGCCAUGUCCGAGAACGUGAAAGUCGCGGUGCGCGUGCGCCCGUUCAACAAGCGCGAGAAAGAGCGGCAGGCGCAGCUGUGCAUCCAAAUGUCUGGGCAAACCACGACCAUCACCAACCCGCACUCGAAGGAAGAGAAACGAUUCACCUUCGACUUCUCCUACUGGAGCCAUGACGGCUUUGAGGAGCAGAGCGAUGGGCUUCUCGUCCCCACUGGCGCCCAGUACGCCGAUCAGCAGCGCGUCUUCGAGGAUCUGGGCCGUGGCGUGCUUGCCAACGCCUUCAACGGCUUCAACACCUCCCUCUUUGCCUACGGCCAGACGGGUUCCGGCAAAUCUUACAGCAUGGUCGGCUACUCUGUGAACAAGGGCAUCGUGCCCAUUACAUGUGAGGAGCUGUUUAAGAAGAUGAACGAGAACUCCGAGAACUCUAGCACCCGCUACCAAGUCAAGUUCAGCAUGCUGGAGAUCUACAACGAGAAAGUGCGCGAUCUGCUGCAGCCGCCACAACAGCAGCAGAAGGGCGGCCUCCGCGUGCGCGAGAACCCAAAGUCGAAGAAGUUUGAGGUCGUCGGCCUGAAGCUGGUCGACGUCAAGUCGUACAACGAGAUUGAGACGCAGAUGGAGCUUGGCACAAAGCACCGCACCGUCGCCGCAACCAAGAUGAACAACACAUCCAGUCGCGCCCACACCAUCGUCACCGUCCUCUUUGAGCAAAUCACAAAGGACGAGAGUGGUGUCGAGACAACCAAGCGCUCAGAGAUGAACCUUGUCGAUCUUGCUGGUUCGGAGCGCGCAAACAGCACCGGUGCGACUGGCGAGCGCCUGAAGGAAGGAUCCAACAUCAACAAGUCCCUGAGUACGCUGGGAAAAGUCAUCCAGGCCCUGGCAAAGGGCAAAAACUCGUUUGUGCCGUACCGUGAGUCUGUGCUGACGAUGCUGCUACGCAAUGCGCUUGGCGGCAACUCCAAGACCAUUAUGAUCGCCGCGCUGUCGCCGGCCGACAUCAACUAUGACGAGACACUCUCCACGCUGCGCUACGCAGACCAGGCCAAGCAGAUCAAGAACAAGGCCGUGGUGAACGAGAGCCCGACGGAGAAGCUGAUUCGCGAGCUGAAGGAGCAGAUUGAGGAGCUCAAGUCCCAACUCGGCGGAAAACCGAUGCAGCCGUCGUCCUCACAGGGCGCCGGCGCCGCUGACGCCGACCAAGCCCUCCUGGCGCGUAUGCAAGAGUUUGAGCGGCAGAUGGCGUUCCAGGCAAACGUGGACCAGGGCGGGCAGCCCGAGGCACAGCAGUCCACGGAGCCAUCGAUGCACGAGAAGGAGAAGCAGAAGAAGGCAACAACGGCCCACUUCACCAACCUCAACGAAGACCCUGCCCUCUCCCACAUCAUCUGCCACUUUGUGGACCAGCCAGAGAUGGUUGUGGGCCAGGAUGAGGAUAGCGCUGCCGCCAGCGAGGAGGGCGGUGGCGAGGGUGGUAACUACAUCCACCUCACCGGAUUCGGGAUCCGCAAACGCCACGCAGUCAUCACCAUGGACGGUAGCGAUGUCUUUAUCGAGCCAGGAUCUGCCGCGUCCAACACACGAGUGAACGGCACCCAGCUGACGGAGAAGGUGCCACUGAAGCACAACGACCGCCUGUUGUUUGGCACCAACUCCAUUUUCCUGUUUGUCAACCCCGCCAACCAAGAUCCGAGCGCGGGCACGCCAGAGAAGGUGGACUACGAGUUUGCCCAGGAGGAGAUUGCAAAGGCGAGCGGGCUGCUUGUUGAGGGCGGUGAUGCAGAGGAGAAGGAGCGAAUGUCACAGAUCCUUGAGCUCUUUCCCAUGGUCGCCGAAGUCAACGCUAUCAGCGAUGAAAUGGACAAGAAGAUGAAGUUUUCUGUUGCACUCGUCAACGACAUGAUGUUGCCGAACGCAAGCACCUCUGACCGAUCGCAGGUGAUGGUGAAGGCGGUGAACACGCGAAACGAGAACGAGUGGCUGAUUGACCGCGCAGAGUUUGUUGAUCGCCGCUACCGCAUUCAGGAGAUGUUUGGCGACUGGGCAUACGACCAGGACAAGGACGCCUCUGUCUACGGCCCGCCGCGCAGCGACGCUGACCCGUUCUUUAUUGAGCCGAGCUCGGUCGUGGUUGGCUUUGCCGGCAUCUUUGUCGUGCCCCUCUCCCUGCGUAUGGACUCCGAAGACACAUACGAGGCGCUUGACUACGCGGCCCAGCGGCAGGGCAGCGUCUGUGUUGCGCUCGAGCCGUGCCAGGAGGACGGCACGCCGCUGACGGAGGAGGACUUUCUGGACGAUCCAUCCGCCCUGAUGCAACUCAACGAACCAUACCACAUCAAGGUGAUGAUCCGGUGGGCGGAAGUGACACACGCGCGGUUCUCAACAGCGCUGCGGUGCGUGCUGUAUUUCGGAGACCUCGAUGUCAUUCAGACGCCGUGGAUGUAUGGAAAGACAAAAGCGGACUUCAACUACGAGAAGAUUGUGACCAUCAACAAGGUCACGCCGGCGCUGAUUGAGUGGAUGGAGAAUGGCAUGGCAAAGGUCAUCAUCGAAAGCAAGCACAAGGACGACGAGAGCACGUCGUCGAUCACACGGCUGACGUCGAUGGCGGAUAUGGCGAUGGAGUUGCAGGCUGCAAAGGACCGCAUCAAGCAGCUGGAGGGCGGUGGUGAUGGUGAUGAUGGUGGUGAUGGUGGAAAGAAGAACUCGAAGAAGGAUCGAAAGGCGUCUGCCAAGGCGGCGAAGGAGCUGGAGAAGGCGAAGAGCGAGCUGGUGGAGAUGAAGAAGAAGGCGGAGGCGCUUGAGAAGGAGCUGUCUACAGCAAAGAAAGCAGCAAAGGGCGAGGGCGACCAGGAGAAGGAGCUGAAGAAGGAGCUGAAGGAGCGCGACAAGACCAUCUCCAAGCUGGAGAGCGAGGUGAAGAAGCUGUCCAAGAAGGACAGCAAGAAGGACAGCGGAAAGGCAGGCGCCAACAAUGCUGACGUGGACGCCGCCAUCAAGGAGCGUGACGAGACGAUUGCACGCCUGCAACGCGAGAUGGAGGAGCUGAACAAGAAGGUGUCUGCUGCCCCAACUGGCGAAACGGUCGCUGUCGCCAACGUCGCCGCCGACGACCUUAAGGAAUCAAUCAAGACCGUUCUCAACCAACACCGCAACGAUGCUGACGCGCGCGCGCUGUGGACGGACGUCGCAACCAAAGUUGGCGCAUCCACAGACGGCCCGCUUCCCCCCGCCAACAAACCGUCCUCCGUGUGCUCCAUCAUGUGAUUUGUCGCACGUGCGUUGUCAUGUGCAUUCGCAUUGCACUUGUUGUGCGUGCUCAUAUGGCUCUGUGCUGUGUCGUAUGGGCCUUGUCUCGUUUUCCCCCCAUUUAACACACGCACGCACAAUUGUGGGUGUCUGUGCCGUGUUGUUCGUGCUUCCUCCUUGUUGUGGGUUCAUGACCCUCCCUGUCUGUCUUGACUUCCUUGCCCCAGCUUCUCCUUCCCUUCAAUCAACGCACUGGCUGCCUCCCCCCCCCCCUUGUCUUCUCCGCUCAACCACUCUUCUACACACCCGCUCCGCCCUUCCCUUCGUGCUGCUUCCACGCGUGAAAAUAACACCAGUGACGAGCGCAUAUCAUCAUCG